UUAAUCACGGUGAUGAUCUACGUUACUCACGCUGUCAACUUCUUCAUGCCCUUCAACUGUGUAUGGUUUUAUAUAAGGAAGAGAAUCAAGCCGGAAAGGCACUACAAGAUGGAGCUAGUGUCCAGGGCGAUCUCUGUAAUCAUUAUCUCCUCGGUGGCUAUUGCUUUUCCUACUAUCGAUUCGCUGAUGAGUUUUUUGGGAUGUUUCUGCCUAUCCAACAUGGCUUUCAUCUGCCCGAACAUUAUUUAUGUAUUGGUGCACUAUGAACGACCAGGUAAAAAUAAGAACUGGUUAAUAAUCCGCGCAGUCUUGUUAUCCGUAUUUGGCGUCUUCAUAUUAGUCUGUGGCACCUUAAUCACUGGAGCAGAUCUGUUUGGGUGGCAUAAGGAUGCCACUACAAAAGCUCCUGUUGGUGGCGGCGCUGGCAAAACACCGGAACCCCCAAAAGGAGGAGAUUAACAUCAAAAAUACCCAAAGACGA